AUGGGGCUGCUGAUGGGGGACAGUCUGGCAUCCUUGGCCGUGGUCGUGGCCAUCUUCCUGCUGCUGGUGGACCUGAUGCACAGACGAUCACGCUGGGCUGCCCGCUACCCACCAGGCCCUGUGUCUUUUCCGGGCGUGGGUAACUUGCUGCAGGUGGACGUGAGGAACAUGCACCACAGCUUAGGCCAGCUGCGGCGCCGCUAUGGAGACGUGUUCAGCCUGCAGCUGGCCUGGACGCCCAUGGUCGUGAUCAAUGGAUUGGAAGCCAUGCGCGAGGCGCUGGUGGCCCGCGGUGAGGACACAGCUGACCGGCCACCUUUGCCAUUCGACCAGUAUCUGAAUUUCGGGCCACACUCACAAGGUCUGUCCCUAGCGCGCUAUGGACCCGCAUGGCGUGAGCAGCGGCGCUUCUCCGUGUCCACCAUGCGCAACUUCGGCCUGGGCAAGAAGUCACUGGAGCAGUGGGUGACCGAGGAGGCUGCCUGCCUCUGCGCUGUCUUCGCUGCACAGGAAGGACGACCCUUCAGCCCCAAUGUCCACCUGAACAAAGCAGUGACCAACGUGAUCUCCUGCCUCACUCAUGGGUGCCGCUUCGAGUACGACGACCCCACCCUCCUCAAGCUCAUGGAGUUAGUGGACAAAGCACUGACAGAUAACUCGAACUUUCUGCGCGAGGUGCUGAACGUGGUCCCGAUCCUCCUGCGUAUCCCAGUUCUGGCCAAGAAGGUUUUGGCGACCCAGAAGGCCUUCAUGGACCUGCUGGAUGGGCUGGUCGCCGAGCACCGGGAGACCAGAGACCGGACACAGCCGCCCCGGGACCUGACAGAUGUGUUCCUGGAUGAGGUGGAGAAGGCCAAAGGAAACCCCGAGAGCAGCUUCAACAAUGACAACCUGCGCCUGGUGGUGGCCGACCUGUUCUCUGCUGGGAUGGUGACCACGACAACCACGCUGGCCUGGGGGCUCCUGCUCAUGCUCCUGCACCCGGAUGUACAGCGCCGGGUCCAAGAGGAGAUCGACGAGGUGAUAGGGCAGGGCCGAGCCCCCGAGAUGGCCGACCAGGCCCACAUGCCCUACACCACAGCCGUGGUCCACGAGGUGCAGCGCUUUGGGGAUGUGGUACCGCUGGGUCUGCCUCACAUGACUCUCCGUGACACUGAAGUGCAAGGCUUCCUCAUCCCCAAGGGGACAAUGAUCAUCACCAACCUGUCAUCAGUGCUGAAGGACGAGACCGUCUGGAAGAAGCCCUUCCGCUUCCACCCAGAACACUUCCUGGACGCCCAGGGCCGCUUCGUGAAGCAGGAGGCCUUCAUGCCGUUCUCAGCAGGUCGUCGCGCCUGCCUCGGGGAGCCCCUGGCUCGCAUGGAGCUCUUCCUCUUCUUCACCAGCCUCCUGCAGCGUUUCAGCUUCUCCGUGCCCCCUGGACAGCCUCAGCCAAGUGACCACGGCAUCUAUAACUUCCUACUGAGUCCAGCCCCCUACCAGCUGUGUGCUGUGCCCCGCUAG